CCCUCCGCUACAUACCAACUCCUGCGUCUCUGAGCCCUGAUCAGGAUGGGAUGGCAGCGGCUGCAGUGUGAACUGGGUAGUCCUCCCCAGUGAUACAACUCGGACAGUCCUACGGAGAACAAAUAAAAGGGUUGGGAGUCUAGUCCCUCCACUUAACUCUGUGGUGAACCACAUUCAGGGGCCUCAGUGGUGCCUAGAUUGACACUGGUCAGGGCCACACAAGCUUCCCCAAGGAAGCGGGUCAGUGCCCAUGACUCAGGCAGCUCCCUAGCACAGGCCAGGGUUGCCGACUCCUGGGCAUCUCCCCAUCUUCUUUUCCCUUCUGUUUUGCAGACAUCCCUUUGCUGGGUGCAAGGCAGGAGGCCAUGAAUAAUUGCACAGAUCAGCAGUACUGGGACAAGCUCCUGUGCCAAUGCACCUCCUGCCGGCUUGUUUGCAAGGGGCCCACAGUCGAGCGAUGCACUGCCUUCUGUGCCUCCAUGGAAUGCAGCGAGCGCGCCGGCUCCUAUUACGACACCCUCCUGAGAAAAUGCAUCAGCUGCUCCGACGUCUGCGGGCAGCACCCCAUCCAGUGCGUCUCCUUCUGCGAGAGCGAUAAGCUGGUAACUACCUCAUCCACUGUGGCUGCUGUGGAGCAGAGGCCAUGCAGCGACCAGGACCAGUGGCUUGUGCUCUACCUACUGCUGGGCCUCUGCCUCUGCAUCCUCAUCUGCUCCUUGCUGCUGGGCUGGACCCACUUCAGGAGGAAGGGGGAAGUGGUCUCCUGCCAACCAGGCCCCGGGCCGUGCCACAAGAGAGAGGAUUCGUCCAAAGAUCGUUUAGUGGAAGCAGGAAGCGCUGCAGAUGGAUUUGCUGGAAGCAGGAUACCAGAGCCAGUGGAGACCUGUGGCUUCUGCUUUCCUGAGCAAGGGGCUGCCACACAGGAGACCAGCCCAUGUCACAGUAGCUCCUACCAUCUAGGAGCAAGGGCUGCUGUCCCUGCCCCUGAGGAUGGCCACUUCAAAAUUAUAUGCUCUCCAUCACAAGAGAAGACGCUCACAGCAUGAACUCACAGAGUCAGGCUGCUGGCGACCACAUAGAAGCCCAACUACUGGGAAGGAAGCUGCUUGCCCUUAAUCUCUGCCCUCUCUUUCCAGUAAGCACCACUAUACCUAGCCUGACCACCAGUCACACUUACUUUUGUACUAUGGAGUGGGACGGCAGCCCACUGCCGCUACUCUCUGCAAUGGAAAUAAAAUUCUCACAAUCAGUCUCAGGAAACCUCUUGCUUCCUUUCCCAUUUGGCAGCCUCCGUCUGCUUGUGGGUCAAGCGAACCAA